ACGACACCUCAUCGGCCGAAAGCUCUCCGUCAACGCGAUUCGAUCGGUGGGCGAGCGAGCUGCAAUACCUGCGACACCUACGCUCGCGGCUACGGAUACUUUUGGCUGCUGCGAGAGCAGUAUCACUACAAACCUCCCAAGGCCUCUCAAGGCGCAGCAGCGUUGCCAGGCGCGCACGCGGCCAGCGCGAGCCCCCAGAGCGAAAUAUAGUCAGCAGCAGCAAUGCAGGCCCUGCGCCGCACGCUGGGCUUCGCCUCGCAAGCCACGGCGCGCAAACCGCGCGUCGUCGUGCUCGGCAGCGGCUGGGGCGGCAAUAAAGUGGCGCGCUACCUCGACAAGACCAAGUUUGAUGUGAGGGUCGUGUCGCCGGCGAACCAUUUUCUGUUUACUCCUCUGUUACCCUCGACGGCGGUGGGAACCUUAGAAUUCCGAGCCGUCCAAGAACCAGUUCGAACGAUCAAGGGCCUGGGCAAGUACCACCAAGCGAAAGCACAAAAACUAGACGUCGAGAACCGCAUCGUGAAUUGCAGAGAUAUAUUUAGCGGAGAUACCUUUGACAUAAACUACGACUUCCUCGUCAUAAGUGCGGGCUGCAAGACGAACACGUUCGCUGUUCCUGGUGUGACGCAAGAACAGCAAUCGACCGUAUUCUUCCUGAAGCACCUCUAUCAUGCAAGACGCAUCCGGGACCGCAUCCUCGAGUGUUUUGAGAGGGCCGCGUCGCCCGUCGCGUCCGAGGAGGAGCGGCGGGACUUAUUGCAUUUCGUCGUCGUGGGCGGCGGCGCGACGUCGUGCGAGUUUGCCACUGAAUUGUCGGAGUUCCUCGAGAAGGAUGUGAGGAAGUGGUAUCCUGACCUUGCUGAUUUAGUUUCUUUGUCCAUAGUGGAGGCCGGUCCAAAUUUGUUGGCGGGCUUCGACGAGACGUGUUGGCAGUACUACACGAAGCACCUGCGCGAGCAUAAUGUGGACGUGCGGACGGGCUGUGCCAUUACCGCUGUUGAACCUGCCGAGGACGGUCGCGUCUCCAGCGCCACGAUGGCGAACAGGAGUACGAUGCGUUUCGGCUGCAUGGUUUACGGCGGUGUGGAAGUCAACCAGUGAGUUAGGGUACGUGCACCUCCACGCCAUCGAGCAGACGCAGUCACGGGGACGACGUCGCGUCGAGGGCGUGGGGCGCCUGAAAUUUGAUUUCCACACAGGUUUGGAGCGCGGGCCUCGCGCCUAUCAAGUUCGUCGAAGGGUCGUCCCUCGAGAAAGGUAAAGGUGGCCGGAUCGUGGUCGACGAGUAUUUACGGGCCGCAGAUAGGGUCUUUGCGCUCGGGGACUGCGCCGCCUCCCGUGAAGACCCCCUGCCGCCGACGGCGAACGCGGCCGAGCAGCAGGGCGCCUACCUCGCGAAAUGCUUCAAUAAUACCUAUUACAAGGCCGGCGCCGACGGCGUCAUGCCUGCCAAACCGGACCCUGUCGUACCGUCGGCCAUGCCCUUCGCUUGGCUCGAGCCGCUCGACAACCUCUGGGACGCGCGUUCUGAAUUUAGAUACGUCGAGCGCGGCAAGAUGGCGUCCAUGGGCAUGUGGGGCGGCGUCGCGGACCUCACGAAGUCCGAGAUCACGCCCGUCGGCGGGACGCUGACGGGCGUGACGGCCUUCGCCUCCUGGCGCGGCGCCUACUUGUCGAAGCAGGUCUCUGUGCAGAACAUGAUAUUGAUACCGAUGUUCUGGUUCAAGAGCUGGCUAUUUGGGAGGGAUAUCUCGCGCUUCUAAGAUUGUAUUGUCACA